AUGGAACACAACUUCAGGAGGAGGAGGCCGUCAAUUGCUAUUGCAUUACCCCACUCUGUGAAAAACAUUGACUCCAUUCCAGGUCUGGUGGUCUGCACCAACUCUUGCGUUAAAAUCGCCAAGAAGGAUGAGUUUCUCAACUUUGGGACUGCUGUGAUGAGGGCUUCGAGCUCUUCACAGAACUUGUCCUUCACCUCCUCAGAGUUAGUCCUGGUGGUUCCUCCAACAACAGUCGCUGUUACAACAAGAGCAGCAAGCACAACCAUUGAAACAACAACUGAGGUGGUGUGUGAUGAAAACCUGGACAGAUCCAAUGAAGUGUCUGUGAGCAGAACUACUGAGAGUGGUGCCUCUAUUGGUCCAGAAGACGCAUGGAGGCCAAGCAGCCCUCCUAACCCAUCAAUGCCAUACUCAGGGUCCUCCUUGAGGGUGACUUUUACUCCAAGAGUUAAUGUGACAUCUGUCACAAUCCACAAGGAUAGUGGAAACUCUGGACUAACUGAGGUGGCAUUUAAAUUCAAACCAUAUGAGAGGACUGACCUGAUACCCCUAUUGAACCCAGAAGGUUCAUCGGUAUUUGUGGGCACUUUUGGACAAAAGAUUCUACUUUCUGAUGGCCCGCUAUCCAUGGUGGAGGUGGAAGUCUACAUCAUCAAUCCAGACGCCAAUGACAACUUCUUUGUGGUAUUUAACGGCUGUGCACUUCCUGUCCCUCCAACUACAGUAGCUGUUCCAACAACUACAGCAGCAAGCACAACCAUUGAAACAACAACUGAGGUGGUGUGUGAUGAAAACCUGGACAGAUCCAAUGAAGUGUCUGUGAGCAGAACUACUGAGAGUGGUGCCUCUAUUGGUCCAGAAGACGCAUGGAGGCCAAGCAGCCCUCCUAACCCAUCAAUGCCAUACUCAGGGUCCUCCUUGAGGGUGACUUUUACUCCAAGAGUUAAUGUGACAUCUGUCACAAUCCACAAGGAUAGUGGAAACUCUGGACUAACUGAGGUGGCAUUUAAAUUCAAACCAUAUGAGAGGACUGACCUGAUACCCCUAUUGAACCCAGAAGGUUCAUCGGUAUUUGUGGGCACUUUUGGACAAAAGAUUCUACUUUCUGAUGGCCCGCUAUCCAUGGUGGAGGUGGAAGUCUACAUCAUCAAUCCAGACGCCAAUGACAACUUCUUUGUGGUAUUUAACGGCUGUGCACUUCCUGUCCCUCCAACUACAGUAGCUGUUCCAACAACUACAGCAGCAAGCACAACCAUUGAAACAACAACUGAGGUGGUGUGUGAUGAAAACCUGGACAGAUCCAAUGAAGUGUCUGUGAGCAGAACUACUGAGAGUGGUGCCUCUAUUGGUCCAGAAGACGCAUGGAGGCCAAGCAGCCCUCCUAACCCAUCAAUGCCAUACUCAGGGUCCUCCUUGAGGGUGACUUUUACUCCAAGAGUUAAUGUGACAUCUGUCACAAUCCACAAGGAUAGUGGAAACUCUGGACUAACUGAGGUGGCAUUUAAAUUCAAACCAUAUGAGAGGACUGACCUGAUACCCCUAUUGAACCCAGAAGGUUCAUCGGUAUUUGUGGGCACUUUUGGACAAAAGAUUCUACUUUCUGAUGGCCCGCUAUCCAUGGUGGAGGUGGAAGUCUACAUCAUCAAUCCAGACGCCAAUGACAACUUCUUUGUGGUAUUUAACGGCUGUGCACUUCCUGUCCCUCCAACUACAGUAGCUGUUCCAACAACUACAGCAGCAAGCACAACCAUUGAAACAACAACUGAGGUGGUGUGUGAUGAAAACCUGGACAGAUCCAAUGAAGUGUCUGUGAGCAGAACUACUGAGAGUGGUGCCUCUAUUGGUCCAGAAGACGCAUGGAGGCCAAGCAGCCCUCCUAACCCAUCAAUGCCAUACUCAGGGUCCUCCUUGAGGGUGACUUUUACUCCAAGAGUUAAUGUGACAUCUGUCACAAUCCACAAGGAUAGUGGAAACUCUGGACUAACUGAGGUGGCAUUUAAAUUCAAACCAUAUGAGAGGACUGACCUGAUACCCCUAUUGAACCCAGAAGGUUCAUCGGUAUUUGUGGGCACUUUUGGACAAAAGAUUCUACUUUCUGAUGGCCCGCUAUCCAUGGUGGAGGUGGAAGUCUACAUCAUCAAUCCAGACGCCAAUGACAACUUCUUUGUGGUAUUUAACGGCUGUGCACUUCCUGUCCCUCCAACUACAGUAGCUGUUCCAACAACUACAGCAGCAAGCACAACCAUUGAAACAACAACUGAGGUGGUGUGUGAUGAAAACCUGGACAGAUCCAAUGAAGUGUCUGUGAGCAGAACUACUGAGAGUGGUGCCUCUAUUGGUCCAGAAGACGCAUGGAGGCCAAGCAGCCCUCCUAACCCAUCAAUGCCAUACUCAGGGUCCUCCUUGAGGGUGACUUUUACUCCAAGAGUUAAUGUGACAUCUGUCACAAUCCACAAGGAUAGUGGAAACUCUGGACUAACUGAGGUGGCAUUUAAAUUCAAACCAUAUGAGAGGACUGACCUGAUACCCCUAUUGAACCCAGAAGGUUCAUCGGUAUUUGUGGGCACUUUUGGACAAAAGAUUCUACUUUCUGAUGGCCCGCUAUCCAUGGUGGAGGUGGAAGUCUACAUCAUCAAUCCAGACGCCAAUGACAACUUCUUUGUGGUAUUUAACGGCUGUGCACUUCCUGUCCCUCCAACUACAGUAGCUGUUCCAACAACUACAGCAGCAAGCACAACCAUUGAAACAACAACUGAGGUGGUGUGUGAUGAAAACCUGGACAGAUCCAAUGAAGUGUCUGUGAGCAGAACUACUGAGAGUGGUGCCUCUAUUGGUCCAGAAGACGCAUGGAGGCCAAGCAGCCCUCCUAACCCAUCAAUGCCAUACUCAGGGUCCUCCUUGAGGGUGACUUUUACUCCAAGAGUUAAUGUGACAUCUGUCACAAUCCACAAGGAUAGUGGAAACUCUGGACUAACUGAGGUGGCAUUUAAAUUCAAACCAUAUGAGAGGACUGACCUGAUACCCCUAUUGAACCCAGAAGGUUCAUCGGUAUUUGUGGGCACUUUUGGACAAAAGAUUCUACUUUCUGAUGGCCCGCUAUCCAUGGUGGAGGUGGAAGUCUACAUCAUCAAUCCAGACGCCAAUGACAACUUCUUUGUGGUAUUUAACGGCUGUGCACUUCCUGUCCCUCCAACUACAGUAGCUGUUCCAACAACUACAGCAGCAAGCACAACCAUUGAAACAACAACUGAGGUGGUGUGUGAUGAAAACCUGGACAGAUCCAAUGAAGUGUCUGUGAGCAGAACUACUGAGAGUGGUGCCUCUAUUGGUCCAGAAGACGCAUGGAGGCCAAGCAGCCCUCCUAACCCAUCAAUGCCAUACUCAGGGUCCUCCUUGAGGGUGACUUUUACUCCAAGAGUUAAUGUGACAUCUGUCACAAUCCACAAGGAUAGUGGAAACUCUGGACUAACUGAGGUGGCAUUUAAAUUCAAACCAUAUGAGAGGACUGACCUGAUACCCCUAUUGAACCCAGAAGGUUCAUCGGUAUUUGUGGGCACUUUUGGACAAAAGAUUCUACUUUCUGAUGGCCCGCUAUCCAUGGUGGAGGUGGAAGUCUACAUCAUCAAUCCAGACGCCAAUGACAACUUCUUUGUGGUAUUUAACGGCUGUGCACUUCCUGAGCGGACUACAACAACUGCCCCGUCUACAUCUGGCCCCACUACAACAUCACCAGUUUGUCAGUAUCCAUUGCUGAUGGAUCCGGAUGGGCAGAUUGCACGAAAUAUUUCAUUCACCGAUGGCAACAUACCAGUGGACAACAAUGACCCAUCACUGGGGUUGCUCAAUGGAACAGCAUGGACUUUUACUGCAGAACAUGGUUUGAUUAAAGUGCAGUUUGACGAGCUUCGUAGAUUGACUGCUGUCACUGUUAUUGAUACGGGAGAUGGUCAACAAGUGGAGGACUUAAUAGUGCACUUGAUAUACAGAAAUACUGUCUCUGGUAAUUUACAGUAUGUGGAGUCCUUGGAUGGAGAUGAGACCUUUUCAGUGGAUCGGGAGACACCAACAGUCCAAAAGUUUAAAGACAGUGUGGUUACGGAUGAGGUAUAUGUGUACAUCUACAACUCAAGUCACAUUCCAAAAGUGCGCGUCGAGAUUUAUGGAUGCCCACUCAUAACUCAACCGACAUCAGCACAACCAACAACAACAAGAGAGGUAGUUGUAACUACAACUGAAGUUGUAACCACGGUCAUCACUACAACAGCUGAGCAAACGACCACUGAGAUAACAGUGACACCCUAUAGCACAACAGUGACACAAUAUUGUCAGACUGGAUCCACUCUAAUACCAAAUGAAUGCCAAACCUGUGUCUGUGAAAACAACACAUAUUAUUGCUACAAAGAUUGCCACAAGACCUGUCAGCCGGGAGAACAACGUGUUGAAUAUGAUGAUCCUGAUAGGUGCUGUGAGUGUGUACCAACAACAACACCAAUACUGACAACAAUACCAAUUAGCACAACAGAAGUGUGCAUGGACCCAUACCAUCAUGGUGAGCCUACAUGCUGCAUGCAUGUUGUGGUGUGCACAGUUCCACCUGUGUACUCAGGAUCAGAAUACUGCAAUGCCUGCAAACCACCCAAGGUCUUCAACGGUACUCAUUGCGUCCUGCCACCAGAAUGCCUUUGCUAUGAUGAAAGUGGUUAUCACAAGCCUGGUGAUAAGUGGGAUGACCCAAAUCUAAACUGCAGUGAGUGUAUCUGCUUCAAUAAUUCCAUCCCCUGUUUUCCUGAGACCUGCCCAACAGUGACUUGCCAGGAGCCCAUUACUUUAGAUGGGGAGUGCUGUCCAUAUUGUCCAGAAUCGACGAUGUCUGUAUAUACCACACCAGGCCAGACCACGGUUUAUUCCGGUUGUUACAUUGCAGAGGAGGAUAGAUAUGUAGGGUUGCAUGAAAUUGUCUAUCGUGGCGAUUGUGACAUAUGUUACUGCAAUGUGACUGGACUGGAGUGUCAAAGGGGACACUGUAACAUAAAGGACUGUCCUCCGAAUCAUUACGUGCACUAUUUUGGGGACUGUUGCGAAUGCCGUCCAGUACCAACAGUCAAGCCUACCACAACCUCUCCAGUGUGCUUUGAACCUUAUGAGUACCGGGAGCAGUGUAGUUGUAUACGGACCUGUGCUGAUCUGGAUGGGGACUGUGUGCCACAGGGAUGCCAAUAUGAGUGUGUCUGCCCACCUGGCUAUGUGGAGAAAUCUGAGGGAGAAUGUGUCCUCCAAGAUGACUGCCCAUGUGUUGACGACCAAGGAAACAGCUAUGAGAAUGGGGAAAGUUGGAACAAGAACACAUGUAUCAACUGUACAUGCACUAAUAGGACAGUGAUCUGCGAUAAACACUGCGGUGUAACAUGUCAACCAGAUGAAAACCUGAUCAAUCCAGACGGUGAAGCAUGCUGCUUCUGUGAACCAAAAUGCACUGGAUGCUUCUAUGAAGUUGAUGGGAGCUGCCAUGAGGUCAAUGAGACUUGGCAUGAUGACUGCAGCACGUGUACAUGCCAGCAACGGACAAAUGAACUGUACCUUCAUUGCGUUAAAAUCGAAUGUGGGGAACUCAUCUGCCCAGAAGGUUACAAACUGGUACAUGAUCCGGGUGAAUGCUGUCCAAAGUGUGUCAAGGAUCCUUGUCCAGGCGAGUUUCUGUGCAACUCCACCUACUGUAUCCCUAUCGAGUGGAGGUGUGAUGGGCAAGAGGACUGUGACGAUGGUAGCGAUGAAGAGGACUGUGCAACUACUGCACCACCGCCCACUACCGUUGCACCUACAACAAUCGCCACCACCACACCACCGCCCACUGCAACAUCACCCAGUUCCACAACAAUCAAGGGAACACCACCACCUCCAAAUCCGACUUGUCCGAUGGGCCUGAAACCUGCUGACUGCAACAUACCCUGUCAACAGCGUGCAUGCAUAGAUGGUAACUGCUACAGGACUGAAGUAACUGAUCCGAUCAGCCAGAUUACCAUAUGCUGUGAUUGCAUGCCUGGAACAGUGUAUAACGGGACCGAGUGUGUACCACCGAAGGACUGCCCUUGUCUCGAUGAAAAUGGUCAACUCAGACAGCCUGAAGAAGAAUGGGAUAGCAACCAAGAGUGUGAAAAAUGCCGAUGCCUAUUCAACAAUAUCACAUGUUACCCAGAUACAACUUCACCAAGGUGUAGGCUAACAACCUCAGCACCAUCAACCACAACUACAAGGACAACCAUUCUUUCCAGCACAGAGCAUGAAGUAACUACAACCACAACAGAACUUGUUACAACCAUUACUCCUGUGUACUGUAACUACGACAUGGACAAGAUUCCUGAAUUGAAUGUUUCACGGUAUGCAUCCAACAACCCAUCAGAAAUAAUUCCAGCGGACCAGCCUUGGACAUCCACUGCACCAUUUGGUCCUAGCUUGAUCAUAGUCUUUUCUAAGCCUUCCCGGAUCAACCAGCUGGAAUUCACGACCACCUCUGGUGCCCUUGUUGUAGUAAAGAUCGGUGUAAUAUACCAACCAGACUCCACAGUGGUGGAUAAGUAUUUGUUUGGUGGAAGUAAUGAAAUAGUGAACUCAGGGGAGAGACUUGAUAUACCAGACCAACCAGAAGAUGUUUCUAUUUAUGCCAUCAAGAUAAUAUUCUCGACCUCAGAAUCGCAAACUAUUGAUUUGUUUGGCUGCAAUGUGGAAGUUUCAACAACCAUUUCUGUGACAACUACAUCUCCUUCUACAACCAUACAGGAAAUUACAACACCACAAAGAGACUGUGGUCCGAGAUGCGAAUGUGAUGUGAAUUGUGAUGGUGUUAUCAUGGAUCCCGCCUGCCCGCCAGUAGUUCCAGAAAGUUGUCAAGGUUGCUUCUGCCCAGUUGGUACACAGAGGCGUGGGGACUACUGCGUUCGUCGACCACCUCGAGAGCAGUGUCUUACAACUCCUCUAGUCAGCACCACAACAGGAAUUGAAAGUACCACUGCACCACCGUCAACGACACGUGCACCAAGUACCACUGCACCACCGUCAACGACACGUGCACCAAGUACCACUGCACCACCGUCAACGACACGCGCACCAAGUACAACUGCACCGCCGUCAACGACACGCGCACCAAGUACAACUGCACCGCCGUCAACGACACGCGCACCAAGUACCACUGUACCACAGUCAACGACACGCGCACCAAGUACAACUGCACCACCGUCAACGACACGCGCACCAAGUACAACUGUACCACCGUCAACGACACGCGCACCAAGUACCACUGUACCACAGUCAACGACACGCGCACCAAGUACAACUGCACCACCGUCAACGACACGCGCACCAAGUACAACUGUACCACCGUCAACGACACGCGCACCAAGUACCACUGUACCACAGUCAACGACACGCGCACCAAGUACCACUGCACCACCGUCAACGACACGCGCACCAAGUACCACUGCACCACCGUCAACAACACGCGCACCAAGUACCACUGUACCACCGUCAACGACACGCGCACCAAGUACCACUGCACCAUCGUCAACAACACGUGCACCAAGUACCACUGCACCACCGUCAACAACACGUGCACCAAGUACCACUGCACCACCGUCAACAACACGCGCACCAAGUACCACUGCACCACCGUCAACGACACGCGCACCAAGUACAACUGUACCACCGUCAACGACACGCGCACCAAGUACCACUGUACCACCGUCAACGACACGCGCACCAAGUACAACUGCACCACCGUCAACGACACGCGCACCAAGUACAACUGUACCACCGUCAACGACACGCGCACCAAGUACCACUGUACCACAGUCAACGACACGCGCACCAAGUACAACUGCACCACCGUCAACGACACGCGCACCAAGUACAACUGUACCACCGUCAACGACACGCGCACCAAGUACCACUGUACCACAGUCAACGACACGCGCACCAAGUACCACUGCACCACCGUCAACGACACGCGCACCAAGUACCACUGCACCACCGUCAACAACACGCGCACCAAGUACCACUGUACCACCGUCAACGACACGCGCACCAAGUACCACUGCACCAUCGUCAACAACACGUGCACCAAGUACCACUGCACCACCGUCAACAACACGUGCACCAAGUACCACUGUACCACAGUCAACGACACGUGCACCAAGUACCACUGUACCACCGUCAACGACACGCGCACCAAGUACAACUGUACCACCGUCAACGACACGCGCACCAAGUACCACUGUACCACCGUCAACGACACGCGCACCAAGUACCACUGCACCACCGUCAACGACACGCGCACCAAGUACCACUGCACCACCGUCAACGACACGCGCACCAAGUACAACUGUACCACCGUCAACGACACGCGCACCAAGUACCACUGCACCACCGUCAACGACACGCGCACCAAGUACAACUGUACCACCGUCAACGACACGCGCACCAAGUACCACUGCACCACCGUCAACGACACGUGCACCAAGUACCACUGCACCACCGUCAACAACUGUUCGCCUUACUACCACAAUUGCACCAACAACAACUUACACUUGUGAUGAGCAGUGUGUCUGCGAUUUCAAUUGCCUUGGACAAGUAGAGAAUGACAGUUGUCCCAGCAAUGUUCCACAGGAGUGCAUAAGAUGUACCUGUCCUCCACCGACCCAGAGAUAUCAGCAUUACUGUGUCCGCCCACCUUCGCCAGAUUCAUGCAGGACAACUGCACCAAGUACCACUGCACCACCAACCACCCUUAUCACCACAGCAGCACCAACCACAACUGGAGUACCCUUCACCACAAAAGAACAGUAUUGCAACCCUCCGUGCAUCUGUGAAGUUGACUGUUAUGGAGUUCUCAUCCAGCAGACUUGUCCUGUCAAUGUCCCUGAUUACUGCAUUACAUGUGCAAGCUGUCCUCCUGGCACAAGGAAGAGCCCUACUGGAAUUUAUUGUGAACGUCCUCCACCUCGUGGAGAGUGUGUUACAACAGUAGUGCCAACAACUCAAGGUGUUUGCUUGGACCCAAUGAGCCCAUUUGGCACGGAUCUAGAAAAGGCUAAUUCACGAGAGACCCGACCACCACAUGGAGCUGAUGUCACCACCUACAUCGGGGAAGAGAUUCCAUGGCGCCCCGGUGUGCCAGACUCUAAAGUCACUGUGUUGUUCAAGCAGCAGGUCCAUAUUAAUGCAGUGAGACUCCAGGCAGCGGAAUACCAAGAUGGCACAUACAAGCUCCAGGCAAUCUUCCUGCACCUUUUCCCCUUGACAGGUGCAAUCCAAGAAACAGUCCAUACCUUCGAGACCACCCUCACAGGGGAUACACCAAGCGACUACUUUUUCCCAAAUGAAAUGAGUUUUGUCAUGAAUGUGACAUUGAUUGUUAUGUCCACUUCUGAGUUCAACUCAACGCUGAGGUUGGACUUCCUUGGAUGUACUGAAGAGCUCCCCACUACAACCCCCAUUGUAACCACUACAGCUCCAUCAACAACGGAAGUUACAACAACAGUGAGUACCACUGCCAAGCCAAGUACGACUGAAGAAUACACCACAACAAUUCGGACCACUACUCCGGAGGCUACUACUACACAAAUAACAACAGUGGAAACAACUACAGAGAAAGCAACAACGACAGUUGUUACAACUCAGCUUACAACAAAUGAAGGUACUACAACAGAAACACCAACCACCACCACAGAGUCCAUUACCACGGCUGUGACAACAACCACUCCGGAGGUGACGACCACUGAGAUGACUACAAGGGUUCUAUCAACUACUGAGGCUUCCACAACAGCUGCUCCAUCUACAACGAAGGCAGAAACUACUCGUUUGACCACCACCGAAAGCACCACCGCACAGCCUUCAACUACAGUCAAGGAAACCACCACUAUUGUGUCAACUACUCCAGAAGUUACAACAACAGUGACAACAACAGCUGCAUCAACCACAAAAGCCUCUACAACAGCAGAAAUAACAACAGUUACCACUACUCAGGAAAUUACGACGGUUCCAGCAACAACUCGGAUGCCAACUACUGAAAAAGUCACAACUACCACUGUCUUAACAACAACUCCUGAAUCUACAACAUCUGAACAGAUGACUACAGCUUUGUCUACCACGGCAGCUUCUACCACUGGUCCUCCAAGUACAACGGAGAAGUCAACUACUCGUGUGACAACUACAGAGGCUCCCUCAACAACUGCCCCACCUUCAACAACUGCCCCACCUUCAACAACCAAGGAGGUAACAACAGUCGUAACCACUACCCCUGAAUCUACCACAAAGGAAGUCACCACAGUGGAGUCUACAACAGUGUCAACUACUUCACCACCAUCAACUACUCCAGAGGUAUGUGCGGAUGAUCUUGACAAAUUGCCAAAUGUGACGAUAAUACGCGAAGACCCAGAAUCAGGCAAUGAAUUACCUCCGACUGAUUGGUGGCGCCCUAGCAACCCACCCAACGAUGUUACAUCACCACACAAUGGAUCAUGUUUGGGGGCUACCUUCAGCCCACGGGUUGAAAUCACGUCGGUCAUCAUAAAGACAGAACAAGGCCCACCGGGAGACAUAACUGUUUCCUUCAAAUUUCAACCAGGUGACAGGCAACCAUACCUGCCUCUAGUAGAUGAAGCUGGCUCUCCUAUCUUUAUUGGCAAAACAGAUCAAAAGAUCUAUCUACCAUCCAGUAUGGCGUUGGUGACGGGACUCAAAGUUUGCAUCAUCACCUCAAACCCAGAUGGUUACAAAGUGAUAUUCAACGGUUGUGAACAUGGAGUGACUACAACCAGUGCACCCUCAACAACAGAGGCACCCUCAACAACAGAGGCCUCCACAACAGAGGCUAGAACCACUGUUGUGAGUACUACCGUUACUUCAACUGUACCAUCAACUACUGAGGCACCAUCGACUACUGAGGAGGUGACAACCACUGUUGUGUACACAACUACUCCAGAGUCAACUACAGUUGAAGAGACGACUACAGUACUGAGCACCACUGAAGAAAGUACAACUGGUCCUCCAAGUACAACGGAGAAGUCAACUACUCGCGUGACAACUACUAAGGCUCCCUCAACAACUGCCCCACCUUCAACAACUGCCCCACCUUCAACGACCAAGGAGGUAACAACAGUUGUGACCACUACCCCUGAAUCUACCACAAAGGAAGUCACCACAGUGCAGUCUACAACAGAGGCCUCCACAACAGAGGCUAGAACCACUGUUGUGAGUACUACCGUUACUUCAACUGUACCAUCAACUACUGAGGCACCAUCGACUACUGAGGAGGUGACAACCACUGUUGUGUACACAACUACUCCAGAGUCAACUACAGUUGAAGAGACGACUACAGUACUGAGCACCACUGAAGAAAGUACAACUGGUCCUCCAAGUACAACGGAGAAGUCAACUACUCGCGUGACAACUACUAAGGCUCCCUCAACAACUGCCCCACCUUCAACAACUGCCCCACCUUCAACGACCAAGGAGGUAACAACAGUUGUGACCACUACCCCUGAAUCUACCACAAAGGAAGUCACCACAGUGCAGUCUACAACAGAGGCCUCCACGACAGAGGCUAGAACCACUGUUGUGAGUACUACCGUUACUUCAACUGUACCGUCAACUACUGAGGCACCAUCGACUACUGAGGAGGUGACAACCACUGUUGUGUACACAACUACUCCAGAAUCAACUACUGUUGAAGAGACGACUACAGUACAGAGCACCACUGAAGAAAGUACAACUGGUCCUCCAAGUACAACGGAGCAGUCAACUACUCGCGUGACAACUACUGAGGCUCCCUCAACAACUGCCCCACCUUCAACAACUGCCCCACCUUCAACGACCAAGGAGGUAACAACAGUUGUGACCACAACCCCUGAAUCUACCACAAAGGAAGUCACCACAGUGCAGUCUACAACAGAGGCCUCCACAACAGAGGCUAGAACCACUGUUGUGAGUACUACCGUUACUUCAACUGUACCGUCAACUACUGAGGCACCAUCGACUACUGAGGAGGUGACAACCACUGUUGUGUACACAACUACUCCAGAGUCAACUACAGUUGAAGAGACGACUACAGUACUGAGCACCACUGAAGAAAGUACAACUGGUCCUCCAAGUACAACAGAGAAGUCAACUACUCGUGUGACAACUACUGAGGCUCCCUCAACAACUGUCCCACCCUCAACAACUGCCCCACCUUCAACAACUGCCCCACCUUCAACAACUGCCCCACCUUCAACGACUGCUCCACCUUCAACAACUGCCCCACCCUCAACAACUGCCCCACCCUCAACAACUGCCCCACCUUCAACAACUGCUCCACCUUUAACAACUGCUCCACCUUCAACAACCAAGGAGGUAACAACAGUUGUGACUACUACCCCUGAAUCUACCACAAAGGAAGUCACUACAGUGGAGUCGACAACAGUGUCAACUACUUCACCACCAUCAACUACUCCAGAGGUAUGUGCGGAUGAUCUUGACAAAUUGCCAAAUGUGACGAUAAUACGCGAAGACCCAGAAUCAGGCAAUGAAUUACCUCCGACUGACUGGUGGCGCCCUAGCAACCCACCCAACGAUGUUACAUCACCACACAAUGGAUCAUGUUUGGGGGCUACCUUCAGCCCACGGGUUGAAAUCACGUCGGUCAUCAUAAAGACAGAACAAGGCCCACCGGGAGACAUAACUGUUUCCUUCAAAUUUCAACCAGGUGACAGGCAACCAUACCUGCCUCUAGUAGAUGAAGCUGGCUCUCCUAUCUUUAUUGGCAAAACAGAUCAAAAGAUCUAUCUACCAUCCAGUAUGGCGUUGGUGACGGGACUCAAAGUUUGCAUCAUCACCUCAAACCCAGAUGGUUACAAAGUGAUAUUCAACGGUUGUGAACACGGAGUGACUACAACCAGUGCACCCUCAACAACAGAGGCACCCUCAACAACAGAAGUCUCAACAACCGAGACUAGAACCACUGUGGUGAGUACUACCGUUACUUCUACUGUACCAUCAACUACUGAGGCACCAUCAACUACUGAGGAGGUGACAACCACUGUUGUGUACACAACUACUCCAGAGUCGUCCUCCAAGUACAACGGAGCAGUCAACUACUCGCGUCCUCCAAGUACAACGGAGCAGUCAACUACUCGCGUGACAACUACUGAGGCUCCCUCAACAACUGCCCCACCUUCAACAACUGCCCCACCUUCAACGACCAAGGAGGUAACAACAGUUGUGACCACUACCCCUGAAUCUACCACAAAGGAAGUCACCACAGUGCAGUCUACAACAGAGGCCUCCACGACAGAGGCUAGAACCACUGUUGUGAGUACUACCGUUACUUCAACUGUACCGUCAACUACUGAGGCACCAUCGACUACUGAGGAGGUGACAACCACUGUUGUGUACACAACUACUCCAGAGUCAACUACAGUUGAAGAGACGACUACAGUACUGAGCACCACUGAAGAAAGUACAACUGUGUCAACUACUUCACCACCAUCAACUACUCCAGAGGUAUGUGCGGAUGAUCUUGACAAAUUGCCAAAUGUGACGAUAAUACGCGAAGACCCAGAAUCAGGCAAUGAAUUACCUCCGACUGACUGGUGGCGCCCUAGCAACCCACCCAACGAUGUUACAUCACCACACAAUGGAUCAUGUUUGGGGGCUACCUUCAGCCCACGGGUUGAAAUCACGUCGGUCAUCAUAAAGACAGAACAAGGCCCACCGGGAGACAUAACUGUUUCCUUCAAAUUUCAACCAGGUGACAGGCAACCAUACCUGCCUCUAGUAGAUGAAGCUGGCUCUCCUAUCUUUAUUGGCAAAACAGAUCAAAAGAUCUAUCUACCAUCAAGUAUGGCGUUGGUGACGGGACUCAAAGUUUGCAUCAUCACCUCAAACCCAGAUGGUUACAAAGUGAUAUUCAACGGUUGUGAACACGGAGUGACUACAACCAGUGCACCCUCAACAACAGAGGCACCCUCAACAACAGGUCCUCCAAGUACAACGGAGCAGUCAACUACUCGCGUGACAACUACUGAGGCUCCCUCAACAACUGCCCCACCUUCAACAACUGCCCCACCUUCAACGACCAAGGAGGUAACAACAGUUGUGACCACUACCCCUGAAUCUACCACAAAGGAAGUCACCACAGUGCAGUCUACAACAGUGUCAACUACUUCACCACCAUCAACUACUCCAGAGGUAUGUGCGGAUGAUCUUGACAAAUUGCCAAAUGUGACGAUAAUACGCGAAGACCCAGAAUCAGGCAAUGAAUUACCUCCGACUGACUGGUGGCGCCCUAGCAACCCACCCAACGAUGUUACAUCACCACACAAUGGAUCAUGUUUGGGGGCUACCUUCAGCCCACGGGUUGAAAUCACGUCGGUCAUCAUAAAGACAGAACAAGGCCCACCGGGAGACAUAACUGUUUCCUUCAAAUUUCAACCAGGUGACAGGCAACCAUACCUGCCUCUAGUAGAUGAAGCUGGCUCUCCUAUCUUUAUUGGCAAAACAGAUCAAAAGAUCUAUCUACCAUCCAGUAUGGCGUUGGUGACGGGACUCAAAGUUUGCAUCAUCACCUCAAACCCAGAUGGUUACAAAGUGAUAUUCAACGGUUGUGAACACGGAGUGACUACAACCAGUGCACCCUCAACAACAGAGGCACCCUCAACAACAGGUCCUCCAAGUACAACGGAGCAGUCAACUACUCGCGUGACAACUACUGAGGCUCCCUCAACAACUGCCCCACCUUCAACAACUGCCCCACCUUCAACGACCAAGGAGGUAACAACAGUUGUGACCACUACCCCUGAAUCUACCACAAAGGAAGUCACCACAGUGCAGUCUACAACAGUGUCAACUACUUCACCACCAUCAACUACUCCAGAGGUAUGUGCGGAUGAUCUUGACAAAUUGCCAAAUGUGACGAUAAUACGCGAAGACCCAGAAUCAGGCAAUGAAUUACCUCCGACUGACUGGUGGCGCCCUAGCAACCCACCCAACGAUGUUACAUCACCACACAAUGGAUCAUGUUUGGGGGCUACCUUCAGCCCACGGGUUGAAAUCACGUCGGUCAUCAUAAAGACAGAACAAGGCCCACCGGGAGACAUAACUGUUUCCUUCAAAUUUCAACCAGGUGACAGGCAACCAUACCUGCCUCUAGUAGAUGAAGCUGGCUCUCCUAUCUUUAUUGGCAAAACAGAUCAAAAGAUCUAUCUACCAUCCAGUAUGGCGUUGGUGACGGGACUCAAAGUUUGCAUCAUCACCUCAAACCCAGAUGGUUACAAAGUGAUAUUCAACGGUUGUGAACAUGGAGUGACUACAACCAGUGCACCCUCAACAACAGAGGCACCCUCAACAACAGGUCCUCCAAGUACAACGGAGAAGUCAACUACUCGCGUGACAACUACUAAGGCUCCCUCAACAACUGCCCCACCUUCAACAACUGCCCCACCUUCAACGACCAAGGAGGUAACAACAGUUGUGACCACUACCCCUGAAUCUACCACAAAGGAAGUCACCACAGUGCAGUCUACAACAGGUCCUCCAAGUACAACGGAGCAGUCAACUACUCGCGUGACAACUACUGAGGCUCCCUCAACAACUGCCCCACCUUCAACAACUGCCCCACCUUCAACGACCAAGGAGGUAACAACAGUUGUGACCACUACCCCUGAAUCUACCACAAAGGAAGUCACCACAGUGCAGUCUACAACAGUGUCAACUACUUCACCACCAUCAACUACUCCAGAGGUAUGUGCGGAUGAUCUUGACAAAUUGCCAAAUGUGACGAUAAUACGCGAAGACCCAGAAUCAGGCAAUGAAUUACCUCCGACUGACUGGUGGCGCCCUAGCAACCCACCCAACGAUGUUACAUCACCACACAAUGGAUCAUGUUUGGGGGCUACCUUCAGCCCACGGGUUGAAAUCACGUCGGUCAUCAUAAAGACAGAACAAGGCCCACCGGGAGACAUAACUGUUUCCUUCAAAUUUCAACCAGGUGACAGGCAACCAUACCUGCCUCUAGUAGAUGAAGCUGGCUCUCCUAUCUUUAUUGGCAAAACAGAUCAAAAGAUCUAUCUACCAUCAAGUAUGGCGUUGGUGACGGGACUCAAAGUUUGCAUCAUCACCUCAAACCCAGAUGGUUACAAAGUGAUAUUCAACGGUUGUGAACACGGAGUGACUACAACCAGUGCACCCUCAACAACAGAGGCACCCUCAACAACAGGUCCUCCAAGUACAACGGAGCAGUCAACUACUCGCGUGACAACUACUGAGGCUCCCUCAACAACUGCCCCACCUUCAACAACUGCCCCACCUUCAACGACCAAGGAGGUAACAACAGUUGUGACCACUACCCCUGAAUCUACCACAAAGGAAGUCACCACAGUGCAGUCUACAACAGGUUAG